AUGCUUGUCGCGUUCCUAGCAACCUCCACGUGGCAGCGCGCCAUUGCUUCCGCGAAACAGCUUGAGGGAUUCGACGAGGACGAGUUUGACGACGCAGCUGACGAGGAGGAGACGGAAUUCGUCGCCCCGCAGCGCCCUCCGACGCGAUCCGUCACGCUCGAGCCGGAUCAGGGCACAAAAGCAACGGCUGGAUCUGAUCGAGAUUCCAAAUCAACGGACAAUACCGCACCCGACGGAACAGAUUCCGCUGGCGGCAGCGGGGGUAGGUCAGCAGGACAAGCGGCGGACUGGGAUGACGAGGAGUUUGAAGGGGUGACGCCUGGUGCUGGCGCUGGUGCCGGGGGAGCAGCGGCCGGCGGGAAGCCGUUUUUUGGCAAGCCUGGAUCCGCGCAGCAGCAGGCGCAAAAGGCUCGCGCGCGGAGAAUGUCGGUUGCGCGGAAGCCGUUCCACCCGCGGGACUUCAUUGCGGAAGGGGUUUUCCUUGCGUUCCUCGUGAUUUUCGCGAUCAACUAUUUCGUCGGCAAAUGGCAGAACGAAAAGAUUGCGCUUUCUUUCGCGAAUCAGUUUGCGACGGAGGGUAACCUGCUUGCGAAGAACUUCGCCCUGAUCGGAACGGGCGACACCAGCGAACCAAUCCUCGUCAAAGAAGGCCAGGCGACGUUCAAGCUGUACGCGAGCGGGCGAAGGUUCUGCGAAGCGAUGUUGGUUACUUUGAACCUGCGAAGUCGCCACGAUCUCGCGACGCUCGCAUGGGACGCGCUCCUUUCGUCAAAGAAAGAUCAAGUCGACGUGGACGUGUACAUGAACGAGGAGGACAUGGCUCCGUUUGUACUCGCUAUAGUCCCGCGCAAAUCCGCUAAGGCGUUUAUAAAAGAAAACGCGGAUCUCAAGGAAUUCGCGAGCAUGCUUGACGCGGAAGUGGUACUCAAGGGGGGAGGCGGCAGCGGGAAGAACAAGUGGGCGGCAGACGAGUUGGCUAUUAUCGGGGAUAGCAGGGAAGCGGCGUAUGAGCUUCUGUCUGACGUCAUCAUUGAUCAGCUCUUUGGCGAGAAAUCUUUCCCAAAGAUAGCGCCUCUCUUCCGCGCGCUACACUUCACGGAUCAGCAACCCACAGGCGCAGGCGCGCACCGCAAGGUGCUGCGCUUCUCCUUCCUCCUCCCCCGCGGGGGUGCUGCCGAGCUGGCGAAGCUGAUGGCGUCUGUGCCGUUUUUCAUUGACGCCGUGGGGAAAUUCCGACUCGGUGCCCAGGCCAAGAGCAAGGCAGAGGCUGCGCGAGCAAAAGCAGCUGAAGCAGCACUGAAAGAGAUGAAGGAGAAGAGGCAGGAAGAGUUGCAGCGGCGGAAGGAGGAGCGGAGGAAGGCGGAAGAAGCAAAGCUGAGCCCUGAGGAGCUGGCAAGGCGGCGCGAGAAGGAAAGGAUAAAGGAACUGAAGCAGAGCGCACCGCGGGCUAAGAUUUCGAGGAUGCAUUAA